AUUCCCACGCACGCAACCAUAGAUGUUUUGUGCGUAUAGUGUGUAAAUAUACACCGCAGUGGGUGGUGUUCAGGUGACAGCUCGACUUGUCUUGUUUAUUUACACUUAGCUCCGCAUUUACUUGACCCAGAAUCGCAAAAAAAAUGAUGCUCCACAAAAUGACAACACUCAAGCUAUGCAGAUUAUGCGGCAAAGAGAAACAGCAAGGCACAGAUUUGUUCAAAGAUAAAAUAAAAGGAUCAGUACUCAUAUCAAUAAUAAAUAAGUAUUUUGCGAAAGAGAUCAUUAGCAUAUCUAUCUCCGAUGCAUUUUCCAAGUAUGUGUGCAAUGAAUGCGAACAAAAAAUUUGUACGUUCGAUGAAUUUUGCUUGAUGGUGGCCAACGUUCAAAAACAACUAGCUGCACCAUCUUUAGAGCUUGAUUUUGCAGAGGAUAUGCUUUGUCAUUUGAAGGAAACUAGUAUACCAGAUAAAUCAAGUCAGCAACCUAUGGGUGCUUAUGAGAAAAAAAAACAAAUAUGUCACAUUUGUGCUAAAAGUUUCAGGUGCUUAGCUCACUUGAAUAGGCAUAAACUCAUUCAUACGGGACAGCGUCCUUAUGUUUGCGAUAUUUGUAACAUGUCAUUUAAUCAACAAGAAAUCAUGAUGAAACACAAGCAAUGUCACGAAGGAAAGAAACUAUUUCAAUGUGCCAACUGUCAUCAAUCAUUUCGGUAUAAAGUCUCUUUGAAAUCACACAUGAUAAACUAUCAUUCUGCAAAUGAACAGUCUGUAAUUGGCAAUCGAGUAAUGUGCAUACAAGAUCAGUUGCUUCAAUGCACGGAGUGUGGAAAACAGUUUGCAACCAAAUACAAAUUACAAAGGCACAGGAGAUGUCACACUGGUGAGAAGCCGUACCGUUGUAAUUACUGUGAUCGGUCUUUUUCUCAAACAGGUAAUUUAAAAUUACAUCAAGUCAAAUAUCACCAAAUCCCCUGUUCAAUUCCCGAGACAUCACAAGAGCAACUUCAACACACAGUAAAUCAACCACCAGAGCGCGAUGUUAAUAACUCCAUGAAUACAUUUCAACCAAUUUUUCUAACGGAAACUGAAAUCCAAAAUACUAUCAACGAGACAAUUAACUCCACUAAUCCAAGUUCUUCUUAUAUGAACAAAUCCUACGAAAAUCCACUGUACAUAGACGAGGAAAUUGAAACAAUGCUGGAUCAGGAUCUCGAUCAGCUAGAACGUCAAAAGUACGCCGCUUCAACGCAAGAAAAAGUUUCCUUUUGUCUAAAAGAACCGGAAACCCCAGAAUUGUUACAUAGUUUACUCUAUGAUGAUUAAUGUAAUUUCGCUAGUUUAUCAAGGUUAUAAAUAAUGUGACGAUUGAUUUUUAUAUCACCAAUUUAUUGGCAUUUUAAAUAUUCAUAUAAAAAGCAAAAGAUUGAUUUGGUCUCACAGUCGCGGAACGGUCAGUGUGUUACUGUUAUAAGUAGCAUCUCGUUGUUUUUUUUAAUUUUUUAUAUUUAUAUAUAUAUAUUUUUUUUUGUUAAACAAUAUUAAAAAAUUGUUAAUGAAUUAGGAACUCGAUUAUGGUGUAUUUACAAGAAAAACUUUAAAAUGAUUUCAAAUAAAAAGAAUUACUUUUCAUUUAGUUAGUACCUUACACAUGAUCGUUCCUUGUCUACAAAAAAUACAUUUACAUAUGCAUUAUCGUAUUGAAAUAUUCCGAGAUGCAAGACAUUAAACAUUAUGCAGUAUGGCAAUAUUUUAAAUACUUUUGUAUAAGUUGCAGACUACUAUUAUAUGUAAACAUAUACUUUUAUAUUUCGUAAUAGAACCAAAUUUUACUGAGAAUCAUGUAAAAAAACACCCUGUUGCAUAAAAUAAUUAGGAUAAUCAAAUGGCACAAGAAAUUCAUAGCGAUAAGGUUUAAUGCAGUUCUCAGCAAUGACGCAAAUUAUUGUUGAGAAUAAUAAAAGAAGAGAAAACUUUGGAAUAUUAACACAUUGCAAAUUAAUGCAACAAUCUACACUUCUAAUCGCUAUCACAAAAGUAUAUUGCAAUAUAAUUAAAAAAAAAACAAAAAAAAAAUACUCAGAUCGCAAUUUUAAUUCAGUCUGACAGUAAAAACAGCAUAUGAUCAUAAAGUACGGCUUAAAUAAUACGUUACAAAAUCUUAGAAGUUAUUACAACACACGCAUUAACUUCGAAUGCAUUUCGUUAUUACAGUUAAAAUAACACCUCACUUAUCGUUAUUUUAUCAUUUUGUUAUUUAUACAAUAGUUCUACGAUAAACUUUAAAUCA